UUCUGUAGUCGGGCUGACGAUGGGGGCGAAAGAAGGAGCCGAGUGAAGGCUAAGUCCCCUCCUCGGCUGCCCCCUCCCUGCACAGCUCCCUCGCAACCUGAGCCGGGGGGCCUAAAAAUAGCCCCCGAGGCGCAACGGGCAGCCGCCCCGGUGACCUUCUGGUCUCACAGGCCGAAGGCGGGCGGGCAGCAGGAAGGCCAGCCGCCGGCCCCCCACCACGGUCUCCCUGGGCACCAGCCCCUGCGUGCCCGUGGCCGCCCCCUUCCAGCGUCCCCAUCCCCCACCACCACCAACAGCAGCAGAGGCCAUGCAAAGAGCCCGGGGCGCGCGAAGCGAGGACGCGGGUACGAGGGCACCCCCCAGCCCCGGGGUGCCCCCGAAGAGGGCCAAGGUGGGAGCUGGCGGAGGGGCCGGGGCGCCGGUCUUCCUGCGGCCCCUUCGGAACGCGGCCGUGUGUGCGGGAAGCGACGUGCGGCUGCGGGUGGUGGUGAGCGGGACGCCCCAGCCCAGCCUCAGCUGGUUCCGGGACGGGCAGCUCCUGCCGGUGCCGGCCCCGGAGCCCAGCUGCCUGUGGCUGCGGAGCUGCGGGGUGCAGGACGCUGGCGUGUACAGUUGCAGGGCCCAGAACGAGCGCGGCCGGGCCUCCUGCGAAGCUGUGCUCACCGUACUGGAGGUAGCAGACUCGGAGACGGCUGACGAUGACAUCAGUGAUACACAAGGGACCCAGCGCCUGGAGUUGCAGGAUGACGGGGCCCUCAGCACACCCACGGGGGGCUCUGACACCCUGGUGGGCACCUCCUUGGACACACCCCCGACCUCCGUGACAGGCACCUCAGAGGAGCAAGUGAGCUGGUGGGGCAGCGGGCAGACGGUCGUGGAGCAGGAAGCGGGCAGCGGGGGUGGCAUCUGCCAUCUCCCAGGCAGCCCAAGGCAAGCACAGGCAACCGGGGCCGGGCCACGGCACCUGGGGGUGGAGCCGCUGGUGCGGGCGUCUCGAGCUAAUCUGGUGGGCGCAAGCUGGGGGUCAGAGGAUAGCCUUUCGGUGGCCAGUGACCUGUACGGCAGCGCGUUCAGCCUGUACAGAGGACGAGCGCUCUCAAUCCACGUCAGCGUUCCUCAGAGCGGAUUACACAGGGACGAACCUGACCUUCAGCCGCAGCCGGCCAGCGAAGUCCCACGUCCUCGCCCGACCCCUCCGCCCCCAUCCAAAUCAGCGCUGCUCCCCCCGCCGUCCCCGCGGGUGGGUAAGCGGUCUCCAACGGGACCCAGCGCCCAACCCCCGGCCACUCCUACAUCUCCCCACCGGCGCACCCAGGAGCCCGCACCACCGGAGGAAGCCUCCGCCUCCGAAGAGAAGCGAGGGAAAAAAUAUAAAUCGUCAGGAUCCUCCCUUGCGGGGACGGCAGAAUCAAGGCCUCAGACGCCCCUGAGCGAGACCUCGGGCCGCCUGUCGGCGCUGGGCCGCUCGCCCAGGCUGGUGCGCGCUGGCUCCCGCAUCCUGGACAAGCUGCAGUUCUUUGAGGAGCGACGGCGCAGCCUGGAGCGCAGCGAUUCGCCGCCGGCGCCCCUGCGGCCCUGGGUGCCUCUACGCAAGGCCCGCUCGCUGGAUCAACCCAAGUCCGAGGGCGACGCACAGUGGGGCACGCCCGGGGCCUCGCAGGAGGAGUUGCGUGGGCCCCGGGGCAGCGUGGCGGAGCGGCGCCGCUUGUUCCAGCAAAAGGCCGCCUCAUUGGACGAGCGCACGCGGCAGCGCAGCCCGGCCACUGACCUCGAGCUGCGCUUCGCCCAGGAGCUGGGCCGCAUCCGUCGCUCCACGUCGCGUGAGGAGCUGGUGCGCUCGCAUGAGUCUUUGCGCGCCACGUUGCAACGCGCGCCAUCCCCUAGAGAACCCGGCGAGCCCCCACUCUUCUCCCGGCCCUCCACCCCCAAGACCCCACGGGCCGUGAGCCCAGUAGCUGCACAGUCGCCCCCUCCUCCGAGCGCCACGGCAAAGCCCGGGGAUGAGCCAGAGAAGACACGGAGCCGAGGGCCGGUGGGCAGGACGGAGCCGGGGGAAGGCCGGCAACAGGAAGUGAGACGGCGGGACCAGUUCCCGCUGACCCGAAGCAGAGCCAUCCAGGAGUGCAGGAGCCCCGUGCCUCCCCCUACCAUCGACACGCCGGAAAUCAGGACGAAAGUGUCUGGGGGUCGGAAGCGAGAACCCCCGGCGCAGGCUGUGCGCUUCCUGCCCUGGGCCACGCCAGGCCAGGAGGGCGCUGCGGUGCCCCAGACUCUAGAGAAGAACAGGGUAGGGCCCGAGGCUGAGAAGAGACUGCGCCGAGGGCCGGAGGAGGACGGGCCAUGGGGACCCUGGGACCGCAGAGGGGUCCGCAGCCAAGGCAAAGGCCGCCGUGCCCGGCCUAUGUCCCCUGAACUCGAGUCUUCAGAUGAUUCCUAUGUGUCUGCCGGAGAAGAGCCGCUGGAGGCCCCGCUGUUUGAGAUCCCCCUGCAGGACGCGGUGGUGGCCCCGGGGGUGGACGUGCUGCUCAAGUGCAUUGUCACAGCCAACCCCCCACCCCAAGUGUCCUGGCACAAGGAUGGGUUGGCACUGCGCAGCGAGGGCCGCUUUCUCAUCCGGGCCGAAGGCGAGCGGCACACGCUCCUGCUCAGGGAAGCCCGAGCUGCUGACGCCGGGAGCUACACAGCCACCGCCACCAACGAGCUGGGCCAGGCCACCUGUGCAGCCGCACUGGCCGUGAGACCUGGUGGGUCCUCCUCCCCUUUCAGCAGCCCCAUCACUUCCGAUGAGGAGUACCUGAGUCCCCCUGAGGAGUUCCCAGAGCCUGGGGAGACCUGGCCACGUACCCCCACCAUGAAGCUCAGCCCCAGUCAGAACCGCAGAUCUUCGGACGCCUGCUCCAAGGCACCGCCCACCUUCAAGGUCUCGCUCAUGGACCAGUCAGUGAGAGAAGGCCAGGACGUCAUCAUGAGCAUCCGUGUGCAGGGUGAACCCAAGCCCGUGGUGUCCUGGCUGAGAAACCGCCAGCCCGUGCGCCCAGACCAGCGGCGCUUUGCUGAGGAGGCCGAAGGUGGGCUGUGUCGGCUGCGGAUCCUGGCCGCUGAGCGCGGCGACGCCGGCUUCUAUACCUGCAAAGCCGUCAAUGAGUAUGGCGCCCGGCAGUGUGAAGCCCGCCUGGAGGUUCGAGCACACCCUGAAAGCCGGUCCCUGGCCGUGCUGGCACCCCUGCAGGACGUGGACGUGGGGGCUGGCGAGAUGGCGCUGUUUGAGUGCCUGGUGGCGGGUCCCACCGACGUCGAGGUAGACUGGCUGUGCCGGGGCCGCCUGCUGCAGCCCGCACUCCUCAAAUGCAAGAUGCACUUCGACGGCCGCAAGUGCAAGCUGCUGCUCACCUCCGUGCAUGAGGAUGACAGCGGUGUGUAUACCUGCAAACUCAGCACAGCCAAAGAUGAGCUGACCUGCAGUGCCCGGCUGACUGUGCAGCCCUCCCUUGCGCCCCUGUUCACACGGCUGUUGGAAGACAUGGAGGUGCUGGAGGGCCGUGCUGCCCGCUUCGACUGCAAGGUUAGCGGCACCCCGCCACCUGCCGUGACCUGGACUCACUUCGGCCGCCCUGUGGAGGAGAGUGAGAACCUACGACUCCACCAAGACGGGGGCCUGCACUCACUGCACAUUGCCCACGUGGGCACCGAGGACGAGGGAUUGUAUGCAGUCAGUGCUACCAAUACCCACGGCCAGGCCCACUGCUCGGCCCAGCUCUAUGUGGAGGAGCCUCGGACCCCUGCCUCAGGCCCCAGUUCAAAGCUGGAAAAGAUGCCUUCCAUCCCAGAGGAGCCAGAGCAGGGCGAGCUGGAGCGGCUGUCCAUUCCCGACUUCCUGCGGCCACUGCAGGACCUGGAGGUGGGGCUGGCCAAGGAGGCCGUCUUGGAGUGCCAAGUGACGGGCCUGCCCUACCCCACCAUCAGCUGGUUCCACAAUGGCCACCGCAUCCAGAGCUGUGACGACCGGCGCAUGACACAGUACAGGGAUGUGCAUCGCUUGGUAUUCCCUGCUGUGGGGCCGCAGCACGCUGGUGUCUAUAAGAGCGUCAUUGCCAACAAGCUGGGCAAAGCUGCUUGCUAUGCCCACCUCUAUGUCACAGAUGUGGUUCCAGGCCCUCCAGAUGGUGCCCCGCAGGUGGUGGCUGUGACCGGGAGGAUGAUUACGCUUGCGUGGAACCCGCCCAGGAGUCUGGACCUGGCCAUCGACCCGGACUCCCUGACGUACACGGUGCAGCACCAGGUGCUGGGCUCUGACCAGUGGACAGCACUAGCCAUGGGCCUGCGGGAGCCGGGCUGGGCAGCCACAGGGCUGCGGAAAGGACUGCAGCACGUCUUCCGGGUUCUCAGCACUGCUGGCAAGAGCAGUAGCAAACCGUCCCCACCCUCUGAGCCUGUGCAAUUACUUGAGCGAGGCCCGCCCCUGGAGGAGGCCCCUGCCGUGGUGGACAGACCAGACACUGUGUAUGUGGUAGAAGGCCAGCCAGCUAGGGUUACGGUCACUUUCAACCAUGUGGAGGCCCAGGUCGUCUGGAGGAGCUGCCGAGGGGCCCUCCUGGAAGCAAGGGCCGGUGUGUAUGAGCUAAGCCAGCCGGAUGACGACCAGUACUGCCUUCGGAUCUGCCGUGUGAGCCGCCGGGACCUGGGGCCACUCACCUGCACCGCCCGCAACCGCCAUGGCACACAGGCCUGCUCUGUCACCCUAGAGCUGGCAGAGGCGCCUCGCUUUGAGUCCAUCAUGGAGGAUGUGGAGGUGGCAGCCGGGGAAACGGCACGCUUCGCAGUGGUGGUUGAUGGGAAGCCCCUGCCGGAUAUCAUGUGGUACAAGGAUGAGGCUCUGCUGGCCGAGAGCAGCCACGUGAGCUUUGUGUACGAGGAAAAUGAGUGCUCCUUGGUGGUGCUCAGCACAGGGGCUCAGGACGGAGGUGUGUACACCUGCACGGCCCGGAAUCUGGCCGGGGAAGUAUCCUGCAAAGCAGAGCUGGCUGUGCAGUCAGCUCAGACAGCCAUGGAGGUUGAGGGGGUUGGGGAAGACGAGGAGCAUCGGGGGCGGAGACUCAGCGACUUCUAUGACAUCCAUCAAGAGAUUGGCAGGGGCGCCUUCUCCUACCUGCGACGCGUGGUGGAACGCAGCUCUGGCCUGGAGUUUGCUGCUAAAUUCAUCCCCAGCCAGGCCAAACCCAAGGCGUCAGCCCGGCGGGAGGCCCGGCUGCUGGCCCGGCUCCAGCAUGACUGCGUCCUGUACUUCCAUGAGGCCUUCGAAAGGCGCCGGGGACUGGUCAUUGUCACCGAGCUCUGCACAGAGGAGCUACUGGAGCGAAUGGCCAGGAAACCCACCGUCUGUGAGUCAGAGAUCCGGGCCUACAUGCGGCAGGUGCUGGAGGGAAUCUGCUACCUGCACCAGAGCCAUGUGUUGCACCUUGAUGUCAAGCCUGAAAACCUGUUGGUGUGGGAUGGGGCUGAGGGAGAAGAGCAGGUGCGCAUCUGCGACUUCGGCAACGCCCAGGAGCUGACCCCAGGGGAGCCCCAGUACUGCCAUUAUGGCACCCCAGAGUUUGUGGCACCUGAGAUUGUCAACCAGAGCCCCGUGUCUGGAGUCACGGACAUCUGGCCUGUGGGUGUUGUGGCCUUUCUCUGUCUGACAGGAAUUUCCCCGUUUGUGGGCGAAAAUGACCGCACGACCCUGAUGAACAUCCGGAACUACAAUGUGGCCUUCGAGGAGAACACGUUCUUGAGCCUGAGCCGGGAGGCCCGGGCCUUUCUCAUCAAAGUGCUGGUGCAGGACCGGCUGAGACCUACUGCGGAGGAAACCCUGGACCAUCCCUGGUUCAAAACCCAGGCAAAGGGUGCUGAGGUGAGCACAGACCACCUAAAGCUCUUCCUCUCCCGCCGGAGGUGGCAGCGCUCGCAGAUCAGCUACAAGUGCCACCUGGUGCUGCGCCCCAUCCCGGAGCUGCUGAGGGCACCCCCUGAGCGCGUGUGGGUGGCCAUGCCGCGAAGGGCGCCCCCCAGCGGCGGCCUGUCCUCCUCCUCCGACUCGGAAGAGGAGGAUCUGGAAGAACUGCCCUCGGUACCCCGCCCCCUGCAGCCCGAGUUCUCGGGCUCGCGGGUGUCCCUCACCGACAUUCCUACUGAGGAUGAGGUCUUGGGGACCCCGGAGACUGGGGUAACUGCCACCCCCAUGGACUGGCAAGAACAGGGAAGGGCUCCCUCUCAGGACCAGGAGGCCUGCAGCUCUGAGGCCCUCCCCUCCCCAGGCCAAGAGCCCCCUGUCGCCGCCACAGCCGCUGCUGCGGGGUCCAGCCCCAGGCGGGGAGAGCUCCGCAGAGGCAGCUCGGCUGAGAGCGCCCUGCCCCGGGCCGGGCCGCGGGAGCCGGGCCGGGGCCUGCACAAGGCGGCGUCUGUGGAAUUGCCCCAGCGCCGCAGCCCCAGCCCGGGGGCCACCCGUCUGGCCCGGGUCGGCCUGGGCGAGGGUGAGUACGCCCAGAGGCUGCAGGCUCUGCGCCAGCGGCUGCUGCGCGGAGGCCCCGACGACGGCAAGGUCAGCGGCCUCCGUGGGCCCCUGCUGGAGAGCUUGGGGACCCGUGCCCGGGAUCCGCGGAUGGCGCGAGCCGCCUCCAGCGAAGCAGCGCCCCACCACCAGCCCCCACCCGAGACCCGGGGCUUGCAAAAGAGUAGCAGCUUCUCGCAGGGAGAGGCAGAGCCCCGAGGUCGGCACCGCCGCGCUGGGGCGCCGCUUGAAAUCCCCGUGGCAAGGCUCGGGGCCCGCAAACUGCAAGAGUCCCCCUCCCUGUCUGCCCUCAGCGAGGCUCAGCCGUCCAGCCCUGCACGGCCCAGUACCCCUAAGUCCAGUGUCCCCCAGACUGCAGAACUUCCCGCCUCCUCGCCCAAGGAUGCGCCACAGCCCUCAGCACCCCACCGUACACAGAAGGUCCCAGAACCCAAGCCCGAACCAGCCCGGGCCUCCAAGCCAGCACAACCCACGGUGGCCCCGCAAAUCCCAGCACCGCCCCUCACGCCCUAUGCCCAGAUCAUGCAGUCGCUCCAGCUGUCCGGCCACGAGAAGGCUCUCCCACAGGACCCGGCCCCACAGCCGUCUUCGGCCUUGGCCGAGUCCAAGCCGCACCCAGCCGUGUUCGCCAGGGUGGCCUCCCCGCCCCCGGGAGCCAUCGAGAAGCGUGUGCCUCCUGUCGGGGCUCCCCAGGUGCUUGCCGAGAAAGCGCGGGUCACCAAGGUGCCCCCUAGACCGGGCAGCAGCCUCGGCAGCAGUAUCGAGAACCUGGAGUCAGAGGCUGUGUUCGAGGCCAAGUUCAAGCGCAGCCGUGAGUCACCCCUGUCACGGGGGCUGCGGUUGCUGAGCCGCUCGCGCUCCGAGGAGCGCGGCCCCUUCCGCGGGGGCGAGGAGGAAGAUGGCAUCUACCGGCCCAGUCCGGCGGGCACCCCGCUGGAGCUGGUGCGACGACCCGAGCGCUCGCGCUCCGUGCAGGACCUCAGGGCUGUCGGGGAGCCCGGCCUUGUGCGCCGCCUGUCGCUGUCUCUGUCGCAGCGGCUGCGGCGGACCCCGCCUGCGCAGCGCCACCCGGCCUGGGAGGCCCGCGGCGGGGAUGGAGAAAGCUCCGAAGGCGGUAGCUCGGCGCGGGGGUCCCCGGUGCUGGCGAUGCGCAGGAGGCUGAGCUCCACGCUGGAGCGGCUAUCGAGCCGCCUGCAGCGCAGCGGCAGCAGUGAGGACUCCGGAGGUGCGUCCGGCCGCAGCACGCCGCUCUUCGGACGGCUGCGUAGGGCCACGUCCGAGGGCGAGAGUCUGCGGCGCCUGGGUCUACCGCACAACCAACUGGCCACCCAAACUGGGGCCACCACACCUUCAGCAGAGUCUCUGGGCUCUGAGGCCAGCGCCACGUCAGGCUCCUCAGCUCCGGGGGAAAGCCGCAGCAGGCGCCGCUGGGGCCUCUCUCGGCUGCGGAAGGACAAAGGUUCCUCCCAGCCCAACCUGUCCGCCAGCAUCCAGGAGGACUUGGGCCACCAGUACGUGCGCAGUGAGUCAGACUUCCCCCCAGUCUUCCACAUCAAACUCAAGGACCAGGUGCUGCUGGAGGGGGAGGCAGCCACCCUGCUCUGCCUACCAGCUGCCUGCCCUGCACCCCGCAUCUCCUGGAUGAAGGACAAGCAGUCCCUGAAGUCGGAGCCCUCGGUGGUCAUCGUGUCCUGCAAAGAUGGGCGUCAGCUGCUGAGCAUCCCUCGGGCGGGCAAGUGGCAUGCGGGGCUCUACGAGUGCUCGGCCACCAACGUCCUCGGCAGCAUCACCAGCUCUUGCACCGUCACUGUGGCCCGUAUCCCAGGGAAGCUAGCCCCUCCAGAGAUACCCCAGACCUACGAGGAUACGGCACUGGUGCUGUGGAAGCCAGGAGACAGCGGGGCCCCUUGCACAUACACAUUGGAGCGGCGGGUGGAUGGGGAGUCUGUCUGGCACCCCGUGAGUUCAGGCAUCCCUGACUGUUACUACAAUGUCACCCACCUGCCCAUUGGCAUGACCGUGAGGUUCCGUGUGGCCUGUGCCAACCGUGCAGGGCAGGGGCCCUUCAGCAACCCUUCUGAGAAGGUCUUCAUCAGGGGCACUCAAGAUUCUUCAGCUCCGCCGUCUGCCGUCCACCAAGAUGCCCCUGUUACCUCAGGGCCAGCCAGGGCCCCACCUCCUGACUCUCCUACCUCACUGGCUCCUACCCCAGCACCCCCAUCUGCCCCUCUCAGCCCCUCAUUUGUCCCCAACCCUGCCAACCAGGCCUUGUCCUCCCUCAAGGCUGUGGGUCCACUGCCCCAAACCCCUCCACGCAAGCACAGAGGCCUGCAGGCCACACAGCAAGCAGAGCCCACCUCACCCAGCAUCCAGGUCACCCCCAGUGAGCCCAAGUCUUUCGUUCCCGCCACUGGGACUCCCACCCCAGUCCCCACCCUUCAAGGGGCUAAGCCGAUGUCUUCCCCUACUCCGCUCUAUAUGGUGACUUCCUUCGUAUCUGCACCUCCAGCUCCCCAGCCUCCAGCCCCCGAGCCCCCUCCCGAGUCCACCAAGGUGACCGUGCAAAGCCUCAGCCCAGCCAAGGAGGUGGUGGGCUCCCCAGGGGGAGGUCUGCCCAACUCUCCCAGGCUGGAGACCACCACCCUCCGACAGGGCCUCCCCCAGAAGCCUUACACCUUUCUGGAGGAGAAGGCCAGGGGUCGCUUUGGCGUUGUGCGAGCCUGCCGAGAGAAUGCCACAGGUCGGACGUUCGUGGCCAAGAUUGUGCCCUACGCAGCUGAGGGCAAGCGGCGGGUCCUGCAGGAGUACGAGGUGCUGCGGACACUGCACCACGAGCGGCUCAUGGCCCUGCAUGAGGCCUACAUCACCCCUCGGUACCUUGUGCUCAUUGCCGAAAGCUGUGGCAACCGGGAACUCCUGUGUGGCCUCAGCGACAGGUUCCGGUAUUCAGAAGAUGAUGUGGCCACCUAUGUGGUACAGCUGCUUCAAGGCCUGGACUACCUACAUGGCCGCCAUGUGCUCCAUCUGGACAUCAAGCCGGACAACCUGCUGCUGGCCCCUGACAAUGCUCUCAAGAUUGUGGACUUUGGCAGCGCCCAACCCUACAAUCCGCAGGCUCUGCGGCCCCUCGGUCACCGCACGGGCACACUGGAAUUCAUGGCUCCUGAGAUGGUGAAGGGAGACCCCAUUGGCUCUGCCACAGAUAUCUGGGGAGCAGGUGUGCUCGCCUACAUCAUGCUCAGUGGACACUCGCCAUUCUAUGAGCUAGACCCCCAAGAGACAGAGGCUCGGAUUGUAGGGGGGCGUUUUGAUGCCUUCCAGUUGUACCCCAAUACAUCCCAGAGUGCCACUCUCUUCCUGCGAAAGGUCCUCUCAGUACAUCCCUGGAGUCGGCCCUCCUUGCAGGACUGCCUGGCCCACCCUUGGCUUCAGGACGCCUACCUGAUGAAGCUGCGCCGCCAGACGCUCACCUUCACCACCAACCGGCUCAAGGAGUUCCUGGGCGAGCAGAGACGCCGCCGGGCCGAGGCCGCCACCCGCCACAAGGUGCUGCUCCGCUCCUACCCUGGCAGCCCCUAGAGAGUAAUGGGCACGGACCACAGCCCAGCCUGGGGCUUCCUCUCCGGACUUCUCCACCCACGCAGUGGGAUGUUCCAGGGCCUACAGCGAGCUGGGUGGGCUGGGGCUCCGGUUACCACCAGCAACAACCUCUGGCUAGGGCCAUACCUCACGGGCCUGCGGGGGGAGGGGAGGGAGGGGAGCGGACACAGGCCCCAGGGCUCUGGCCUGAUGCUACCACCCCUGGCCAGAACCAUCGCAGCCACUCACUGGCCAGGUUGGGCAAGGGCAGAAUCGGGAAGAAGAACAAGAAGGAAAUGGGCAAGUGAAGAGAAAGACAACUGAGGAAGAGGGAGGGAAGACUCUAGGAUAGUUGUUGCAGGUGAAGAGACCGGUGGUGCAGCUCAGGGAGGGUCAAGGAGGGUGGGUGAGGUUGGGGGGGAAGCCGUAAGAGGAAGAAGCUUAGGUAGCAGCACAGCAGACUGGCAGCAAAUGUGGGUGAAGUAGGAACAGAACACAAAGAUGGCGACAGGACGCCAGAACCAGAACAUGAGAGAAGGUGGGGACUCACAGCCAAGUGGGAUCUAGAUGGGCCUACGGCAGGCAUCCCAGAAGUCAAGCCCCGCCCCUCCAGCUGAUCCUGCCUUGUGGGCCAUUGGAUACAGCUCUGGGCCUUCUGCCAGCCCAAGGAUGCCCCUGCCAUCUGUGUAUGGCCUUUGCCCAUCUUCCCAAUCAUAUUUAUUUAUUUAUUGACUUUUGUGAAAUUUUCCUUUCCAUCCAACCCCUGUGGCCCAUGUUGUUCUGCCCAUCCCCACCACCCUCCUCAACCCCUGCCAUCCAGCUGUUUGUGCAGCUCUCUGUCUGUCUGUCACCAGGAA